AUGUCGAGUUUCAACAGCAGGAUAAUACCUUUGAUCAUUGUGACAGGCGUAGGCAUCUGGAAUGGCAUGUACGUGUUUGAGCCCGCCUUCAAAGAGCAGCAAGAACAGAGAGAAAAAACAUUCGAAAAGCAGCAUGCAAGUUCGGAAAUUGAGGGAUCCCAAGAAUUAGCGACGCAAGAUUUUGCCGCAAAGACACCAAGUGCCAAUCCCGCAGACAGACAAAAUGAUGCCCUGGCGUUUUCUCAGCAGCCUGUAACGCCAAAUGAUGCCUCAGGCUCGAGUUCAUGGUUCAAAAAUUGGGGCUUAGCCUGGCCAGGCAGCAGAGCAAACGGUGAGGCGGAGCAACCCAAGCAUAACCCAGCGAAGUCUUUGGUCCACCACCCAUCCGCGCCCAACCCUCAAGACAAGUCGGAAGACUAG